CCCCACUUUCCAUAAAACAGAAAAGAAGAGAGAGACCUCACAGAACCCCAACCAAAAAAAAAAUCACAUAGAGGAAGUGAGUGACUGAGAGAGAGAGAUCCACCAUGGCUGAGAGAGACAACUACGUCUACACCGCCAAGCUCGCCGAGCAGGCCGAGCGCUACGACGAAAUGGUGGAGGCGAUGACGAAAGUGGCUAAGCUUGACGUGGAGCUGACUAUUGAGGAGAGGAAUCUGCUGUCUGUGGGGUACAAGAAUGUGAUUGGAGCUCGGAGGGCUUCGUGGAGGAUACUGUCGUCGAUUGAGCAGAAGGAGGAGGGCAAAGGGAAUGAUAUCAAUGUGAGCCGGAUCAAGGAGUACAGGAACAAGGUGGAGGCUGAGCUUUCCAGCAUUUGCAGUGACAUCAUGAGGGUUAUUGAUGAGCAUCUCCUCCCGUCCUGCUCGGGAUUUGAGUCCACUGUGUUCUUCUACAAAAUGAAAGGCGAUUACUAUCGCUACUUGGCUGAGUUUAAGACUGGUGAUGACAGGAAAGAGGUUGCUGAUCAGUCAAUGAAGGCUUAUCAGGCAGCUUCAAGCAAGGCAGAGACUGAUUUACCUCCCACUCAUCCCAUCAGGCUGGGAUUGGCCUUGAACUUCUCUGUCUUUUACUAUGAAAUCUUAAACUCUCCUGAAAGAGCCUGUCACCUUGCAAAGCAAGCCUUUGAUGAAGCUAUCUCUGAGCUGGAUACUUUGAGUGAGGAAUCGUACAAGGACAGCACCUUAAUCAUGCAACUUCUGAGGGACAAUCUUACACUGUGGACCUCUGACAUUCCAGAGGAUGGAGUUGAAGAAGGCCAGAAGGCAGACAGCUCUGCAAAAGCUGGAGGUGAAGAUGCAGAGUGACCUGGCACGGAGCAUGGGUAGGAGUUGUGUAAUUUAAGGAUGGAGAAACCUUGCAGGGUCUACUCUUAGGGUGCUUCUAUUUUCUGAUUUAUGCAAACUGGAUUCUAGUAUCAUUUGGGAUUUGUAGUUUGACAUGUCACUGUAGCAUUUGUAACCCUGAGUUCUCUAUCCAUGUUAUUGACCUAAUGUAAAGGCUUUCCCCCCUCAUAUCUUCCUUUGAUUUGUUGAGACCGACUCCAUUUGGUUGCAGACCUAGACUUGGUUUAUAUGCUGAAUGUGUGGUGCUGUU